AUGACACAUGUUAAUCAACUACGUCUUUUACCCCACCUACAAGUAAAGAAUGGAAAACAAGCCCAGACGCGCCCGUUCUCUAGAUACACAACCAAUUCAGAAAACACACCCAGAACAGCUUGCUCUGAGAUGCGGCUCAGUAUUCGGAGGGAAAACACCCCUGUUCCCCCUGGCGCUCUUGAUACACCACCGGAGCGUCUCUAA